AAGCGUUACAGGUGAAUCACCCGUUACUAGAUGUGAAUUGGAUUUUGUGUCGGAGCAAUUUAUUAUCAAAUCUGGCAACAAUUUGGUAAUUUAACUCGCCCGUUGUCUUUCUUAAAGAAAAUUCCCGCCGCGUCGUACAUUUGCAAUCGCUAGCAAACACAUUCUCAGAACAAUAAUUAAUACUCAUUUGACUUCCCAAACAGACACACACCAAUUCUCCCAGCAACAGCGACAGCAACGACGACAGAGACCGAUCAAGUGAGCCAAAUCGAACCAACCAGAAAGCAAAAUGAAAGCCAAAGCCAAAUCGAAUUGGAACCUCAAGACGAAGCUAGGAUUGCCUGUCGUCUUUCUUGCUUGUUUGUUCUUCUUCCUCGCUGGUCUCUUCGGUUCUUCUCUCGUUUCUCAGUGGCAGGAUUCUUCUUUAGCGAGGCCGAGAAUGACAAUAUUAGAAUCGGUGAAAGACAAGUAUGAUUUAUUGCCUCAUGGACACACAGGAGAUGAUUCACUUGCUACCAUUCCUUUUCAGGUUUUGAGCUGGAUGCCACGGGCUUUAUAUUUCCCUAAUUUUGCAACUCCUGAACAAUGCAAACACAUAAUUAAUAUGGCAGAGCCAAGCCUUAAGCCAUCAACCCUGGCUUUACGUGAGGGAGAAACAGAGGAUAACACAAAGGGAAUCAGAACAAGUUCUGGAAUGUUUAUUUCUGCUGCUGAAGAUGAAACUGGAACUUUGGAUGUCGUUGAGGAAAAAAUUGCAAGGGCUACCAUGCUUCCUAAGGUUCAUGGAGAGGCAUUCAAUGUAUUGCGUUAUGAGAUUGGGCAGAGGUAUCACUCCCACUACGAUGCGUUCAAUCCAGAAGAAUAUGGCCCACAAAAGAGCCAAAGGGUUGCUUCUUUCUUGUUGUAUCUAUCUGAUGUUGAAGAAGGUGGGGAAACCGUGUUUCCUUUUGAGGAUGGCAUGAACAUGGAUGGAAGCUAUGAUUACCGGGAAUGCGUUGGUUUAAAAGUGAAGCCACGCCGAGGGGAUGCACUUCUAUUCUAUUCAUUAUUACCAAAUGGCACAAUUGACCCGCUGAAAUCCCAUGAUUAAGGGUUUGUUGUUCUGGAAAUUCAUAAUUGCAUGGACUGCGAUAACCAGUUCCAUCCAAGAUGUCAUAAUUUGUGGAUGCUUUUGCAGACAUCUCUUCACGGGAGCUGUUCAGUAAUAAAGGGGCAGAAAUGGGUGGCUACAAAGUGGAUCAGAGAUCAAGAACAAUAUGAUUAAAUCAUUGUACAUUUAGUUGCGAUAAUUUUUGUUCCAUUCAGAGAAGCCAAAAUAGAUGGUUAUGUUUAACUUCACUUAUAACAUCUACCAUCUAAUACCAAUAAGAAAAAUUGUUCGAA